GCCAGCUUCUCACAGCGUCUGGGAGCACUAAGAGAGAAGACCCAAAAUUUAAUUUAAUUCAUUCUAGCAUAUCACGAAAACUAUAGUAAAGGUCUCUGAUUAUGCUUCAUACAGGCAGUUUCCAGUGAGUAAUGUCUAAGUGGCUGAAUGAUGGCGAAGUGCUGGUGGGUCAAGGCAGUGGUGAGGCCGUACCAGUGAGCCCCAGGCCGCGGGGCCUGCCAGCGGGAAGCCCCAGGCCAGGCCGGGGACGUAGCCCACUGGCCUCACCCAGAGAGGUGGUGCCAGGAAGCCCACAGGCAGAGACUAUGGGCAAAGCCAAGGAGCUGUUUGUGCUGUGUGACAAAGAGGGGAAAGGGUUCAUCACAAAGCGGGAUAUGCAGAGGCUACAAGAGGAAUUGCCGCUGUCCCCCGAACAGCUGGAGACAGUGUUUGAAAGUUUGGAUCGAGAGAGCAAUGGAUUCCUUACUCCAGUUGAGUUCAGCACAGGACUUGGUGAGUUGAUGGGCCUGGAGGACACGACUGAGCUGAGUGCUGAUGAGGGAGAGGAGGAUACGGACCAGGUGGACUGGUUCCAGGACGCCGCUGCAGUCAGAUUUGUAAACAUACUGAUGGAGUUGAGCGCUGACAAACUUUUUAGAGAUCAGCAGGAGAUCUGUUCUCUGUGGUGCGAACUUCAGAGAGACAGACCAGAGCUGCUGAGUGUCCUGGAGGGUGUCCUGAUCCACACGGUGUCCCAUUUACAGGACUCCAUCAGAGAGAGAGACAGCCUUGAACAAGCUUUACGCAGACGGGAGAGCGAACAUGAUCAGGUUGUUCGGUCCAUAUAUGAAGAAAUGGAGAAUCAACUCAGAGAAGAGACACAGAAACACGUGGCUCAGGACAGUUUUAGACUGAAGCAAAGAGGCCACGAACUUGAGGAGGAGCUGAAGAUGCGGGAGCAAGAGCUGGAGAAUACACUAACCAAACAGAAAGAGCUGGAGACCAGAAUCCGGCAGCUGAGCUAUGAGCAGGCAAAUAUCAAGCAGCAGAACCAGCAGCUGCGGGGCCUCAACAUCCAGUUACAGGAGCAGGUGGAGAGCAGCAGAGAGCAGCUGCAGGCAGCUCUGGGUCAGCUCAGCCUGCUGCAGCUCAACGCUGCCCAGGAACAAGUGACCAGACAGAGAAAUGUGAUGAAGGUGUCAAGGAACAUGCAAAAGGAGAAGGAUAGCCUCCUGAGACAACUGGAGCUGUUGAGGGAUAUGAACAAAAGGCUUCGAGAUGAGAAAGACGCCCAACAGUCUCAGAAGAGGAAUCCAAAUGUCAAAAAGACUUUACAGAAGAAAGGGUCAGUCAUAGGUAACUACUUACAGCAAGACAAGCCAGUGAAAAGACAGCUGAACUCAUCUGAUGAGUUGGAGCAGGACAAAGACAAAGAGGUGACAAAUACAUCCAAGAGACACCAACCGUCAUGUAGAGUCAGGUGUGAAACUGUUGAACAGACUCAAACUCAGAGCAAAAUUGUCAGUCCUCAGCGAGUGUUCAAGGUGGUAUUCUUGGGUAACUCAGGUGUGGGUAAGAGCUCCUUCAUCCAGCACUAUUGCACAGGACACUUCUACAGUAAAAUGUGUGCUACUGUUGGUAUAGAUUUCCAGAUGAAGACUUUAACUCUGGGCUCCACCACCAUCACCUUGCAGCUUUGGGACACUGCAGGACAGGAGAGGUUUCGCAGCAUCACUGAGCAGUACUACCGAAAGGCUGACGGUGUCCUCGCCAUGUAUGACAUAACUAAUCCUCCCUCCUUCACGGCGGUGAGAGGGUGGAUGGAGUCUGCAAAGGAGAAGAUGUGUGAAGGUACAGUGUUAAUGCUUCUGGGCAACAAGUUGGACCUGGCGGACAAACGUGGCAGAAAAGUGACGACAGGGCAGGGGCAGAGGCUGGCUGAGCAGAAUCAAGCUUUAUUUUACGAGUGCAGUGCCAAGACUGGAUGUAACGUGGAGGAGCUGAUGACUCACCUGGCUGGGAUGUUGGUUGCCCAGCAUGAUCGACAGUGUGUAGAUGCACUUUUACUGACCUCAGACACGUCUAAAAGAGGCUGCUGUACAUAAACAGAAGAGGAGAGACUUUUGAAAAGACUCUUUACUAAAUAUUCAGAGGUUUCCACACCAUGGUUCAGUGGCGUUACAUCUUUCUCCUGUUCUGCUGUAAAACAGUGCCAUUUUUCUGUGAACAAGUUUACUGAACAGUAUCUGUAAGGUUUGCAAUUGUUAUGUAUCUUUA